GGAAAAUGUCUGCGAAAUCCUGCAUGCAAAGGCACAGAUCCAUUGCAGCCCUUGUUGGGCACACGGUCGGUGGGUGGUUUGGCGCGGCGCAUUCCACCCAUGCAUCUUGGGUCAGAUACGCAACCAAGGACAAGAAAACAUGCGGCUGGAAUACUACUUCGCGCACUGUAAACGACAUUUGCCUUGGCCAGGGAUCGUCGCAAGCGGACGACUACAUAGGCACGUGAGGCCACAGCGCUCCAGCACCGACGCAGUUCUCGAAAGGACCUUGUUGUUGGGAUGCGAUGCCACCUUCGCCGCGAACCACUGCCGCGAUGGGUUGACAGUACCGUAGCCUAGCGGUGUGGGGCCUCAUCCACCAAAGGUGGGCAAACUGCCGCAUGAAGCGUACGACAGCGGGCUCUGCUCGGCCAUAAACGGAUCAACCUGCCACCGAGUUGCCAUUGAGGAAGGCGGUCAGCGAGCCACAGCACACGGUGAUCUGCGGCCGCUGGAUCGAUGGUUCGUAACUCGACACGGUCGCAAAUCUCCACGAGGCGGUGCUGCCAGUUCACCCGCAGGAGUGCCAAUUUCGCCACGCUGUAUAGCCUGCUCGAGGACAGUGGGGCCGCAAUCGACGGGAAGCCCUUGGACGGUGCCCCUCAGACUUUGGUCUGACCAGGUUGGAAUGCCGGCAUUGAUUGGAAGCCCAUUCGGCCAAUCCUGAUCUAAAUGCAGUCAUGCUUUGCCGCACGAGUCGUGAUCUGGCCAAGAGUGCUCGGGAUGCCAAGGGGUCUCGACCAGCCAAGACGGGGAUAUCGAUUCCGGCACUCUUGAAGCCGCGAACGAGUGGGGUCUCGGGAGGGAUAGUCCAGGUCGGCGUGCCACCCACCGAGGCUAGCAUGGCCUUGGUUUUCCCCCCGCUGCGUGCGGCAAUCAGAGUUGUUGCGUGCAAUAAUCGCGCCCUGCCAUUGGCUUGGUCGAUGGGUUGGAGCAGGAUUCGUCGGGCAAGGCCAUUGGGUGGCUUCGUUCGGGGCUACCACCUGGGUCAAAAUCAGGCCGCGAGCCCGCCGUCGUCCUUUGGCAUGACGUGAACGCCAUCGCAGCCAUCGCCUUUCAAAGUCCCGACCAACGUGGCCGCGACGAGACCACGGCUAGCUGUUUGGAGCAGCAUUUGUACACGACAACGACGUUGGGGUGUUCAUUUUUCGUUUCGUCUCAUGGUCCACAGGACUCCUCAAGGCUUCUGGGCCGACUUGUACAACGGCGAAGCCAAGCCCGGCAACCUCACCGACUCGAACGGCGUCUCGAUCCAGAUCGACGACCUCAACCCGAUUGUCCUCGUCCUCCUGUCAGCGUACUGGUGUCCUCCCUGCCGCGCGCUCACGCCCAGCCUCGUCAAGUUUGCCGACGACAACCAAGACCAAGUGUCCGUCGUGUACUUUGGCCGGGACAUCAACUCGACCAUGCAAAAUUUCAACUUGAGCACCAAGCCGUCGUACAACCGGUACGAGUGGUCGGCCGCGAACGUCAACGUGUUUGCUCAACUCAAGGCAGCGUACCCGUCAAUUUUGGGCAUCCCGACUCUGUUUGCAGUCGAUCGCGACACCGGCAAGGUCCUGUCGGAGCGUGCGGCGGUCAGCAUCCGCUCCCGCACGGCAACCGUCAUCGAAGAGUGGAAGCGCGGCGAAGACAUCACGGACGAAGAAGCCAACGCGUGGUGGGAAACGACUCGAGGCGACUUGCCGGACGUCGACAUUUUGCCGCACUUGCCGCUCGAGACAGUCGUCGACGCCAAGGGAAACCCUGUGUCGUUCGACAGCUUGAACCAGUUUGUCGUGCUUUACUUUGGCGCCAAGUGGGCCCAAACGGAAGACGCGUUGACGCCUGCGGUCGCAACCUUUGCAAGGGAAAACGGUGACGAUGUCAGCGCGAUUUACUACAGCUUGGAUGUCGAAGAAAGCGACGCGGACAAGGUCGUCGCCGGCACGGACCUCCUUCGGUUCAAGUGGAGCCAAGACUUGGCCAAGACGCUGUACAACAUUGACAAGAUUAUGACCAAAGACAACGACCGCAACACCCUCGCCGCCCCCCGUGUCUUGGUCUACGAAAAGGCCACCCACAAACUCGUUGCGCGCCACCAGUAUGGCAUCUUGAUCAAACCGACCGAGGUCUUGGCCGCAUGGAAAAACGGUGAGAGCGGUGUCUCGGACGACGAAGUCAACGCGUGGGUCCGCGCCAAGCGCGCGGCCGACCAGGAGAAGAAGGAAGCUGCUAACACGAAAGCGGAAGAAGCCGCCAAGUCCCAACCCCCAGCGUAGAAUCUACUAGUUUAGCAUUGUCUCCAAAGCUAUCAAUGUGCAUCGAUGUCAAGUAGUA